AUGGCGACGGGCGCUUACCCGCUGGACGAGCUCGGCGGAGGCUUCGAAGAUGCUUCGGACGAUGGGGUGGACUUCCCCCUUCCUGAAGGUGUGCAGAAAGAGAUCUUGAGCGAAGCUCCCACCUCCGAGUGGGCCAAGCCUCGCAGGGGCGAUGAGGUCACGGUGCAUUACACAGGGACGCUGGAGUCUGGGGAAGAGUUCGACUCCACCCGGGACAAAGAGCCCUACACCUUCAUCCUAGGAGAAGAGGAAAAAGCAGUGAGAGCCUGGCAGUUCGGGAUCCCAACAAUGAGGAAAGGAGAAGUCGCCAAGUUUAAGGUGGCACCGGAGUUUGCUUACGGUUCCGAUGGCGCAGAGAAGGUGCCCCCGAACUCUACUGUGACCUAUGAGAUCGAACUGGUCAAAUGGAUGCCGCGGGUCGACUUGUUUUCAGAUGGAACGAUCAUCAAGACGGUGGUCCUGGAGGGAUCUGGCUGGAAGAUGCCGAGGAUGAGGGAUGAAGUCUUCAUCUCUCUGAAAGUGGAGAAAACCGAUGGGACAACUGUUUACGAAGAGAAGUCUCUCGAGUAUGUCCUUGGCUCUGACCUCCUUGGACCUUGGUCCAAAGCCGUCGACCGCUCUCUCGUUUCCAUGAAGAGGGACGAGAUCGUCACGCUGCACUUCGCGAAGACUUUCGACUGCGGUGCAGAUCCUGAGGAGUUGACUGGCACGCUCACCCUGCAUCAAAUCUACGAGACCAAGGAUAUUUCCUACAAGAAGGAGAAGACUCUACUGAAGAAGCAAGUGGUCGAAGGGCAGGGCUAUGAGAUGUGCAAGGAUGGCAGCAGUGUGAAGCUUCGUGUGGAGGAGGCCAUGGACUCCUCGAGGACGGCCAUUCCAUCUUUCCAGCCGCAGGUUUUAGAGUUCGUGGCUGGUGAAGGCGAAGUUGCUGACGCAUUGGAGCUUUGCGUUGCAGACAUGAAGAAGGAAGAGAAG